UUAUUUUGUUAAGGAAAACGCCUGCAUUUAAAACGUCCGGUUCAUUUUGAGGUGCUUUGCUUAUGAUAGGUCGAUGUAGACUUCCGGGUCAAACCAGCUUCGAACGUCACAACUCAUAACAGAGAGCUGGUCCGUUAAAGAUAGAUAUUUCCUGAUGUAUUAUUAGUAUUUUCCCUUUUAACCAUUCAAAACUACACUAAAACAUGGCUGGUUUGCCACCGGGAGAUCCGCAGCUGGUCUCAAUGAUCGUCAAUCAUUUAAAAACCCAGGGUCUCUUCGACCAGUUCAGGAGGGACUGCUUGGCAGACGUUGAUACAAAGCCAGCUUACCUGAACCUGAAGCAGAGAGUUGACAAUUUUGUCUCUAAUCACCUCUCUAACCACACAUGGAGUCCUCAUUUGAACAAAAACCAGCUCAGAAACAACAUCAGACAGCUUGUCUUACAAUCUGGUAUGCUGGAGCAGGGAGUGGACAGGAUUGUGACCCAGGUGGUGGAUCCCAAAAUCAACCAUAUCUUCAGGCCGCAAGUGGAGAGGGUAGUUCGUGAAUUUCUAUCACCGGGCAGCUGCUCACAGGAGAUGCCAACCCCUCUGCCUCCAGCAGAGAUAAAAUCAGAAAGCAUCCCUGAGCAAGCCUCAUUGUCAACGCCAACUACAACAGCUGCCAGCGAUGCCAUGUCCAUCCUUGACACCAUAACCUCUCUCAACCAGGAGGCGAGUGUCAGGGCCAGCUCAGCAACUGAAAAAGGUCCUAAAGGCCAAGCUACAGAUGACCUCGUGCAGCUAGUGGAAGAGAAUGUGCAGGAUAUGAAUAUUGUUGAUGAAGGUGACGGUAGCCAAGAGGGGAAACCACUGGAAGAGACAGAGGAGGCAAAAGGGACAGUCGAGGUCCAAGCAUCAGAAGUAAAGACAGAACACACACAGGAACAGAUAGAACUGGACAAAGAGGGGUCAAUGGAGGAAAUUAAAAUGGAAGAGGAGGAAUCAGGUGCUCAGGAGCAGACAGAGGAGGAGAAAGACAGACGCACAAGUAAAAUAAGUGGAAAACCCUCAGAGGAGAAACAGGAUGAUGAUGAUGCACUGAAAUCUACAAGCCAGGCCAAGCAGAAGGCAAGAGAGAGGAUAAAAGAGGAAUAUUCUUUGGAGGACUCGGACCUGGAAGGCCUGAGCGACAUCACGGUGAGCUCUGUCCACACCAGCGACCUGUCUUCUUUUGAGGAGGAAAGUGACGAGGAAGAGCAGCCGUCUGAUUCUUCUGAAGAGGGGGAGCUUCCACCAGAUGAUCAAGCUGAAAACGCAGAGAAGAAACCCACCAGUGGAGACACAGGAGAUGAAGACAAAGAGUCCAAACCUCGCCGCAAGGCUUAUGUUCACAAACCCUUCCUGUACUCCCGUUACUACAGUGAUUCAGAUGAUGAGAUCACUGUGGAGGAGCGUCGCAGAUCUGCUGCAAAAGAAAAAGAGGAAAGACUGUUGAAGAGACAGCAGAAUCGAGAGCGAAUGGAAGAGAAGCGUAAACAGAAAGCAGCUCAGACUGAAGAACAAGAUCAUCAACAACAAAAGAUUACAGACUCUGCCUCGCUGGAGUGCCCCAAAGCCAAAGAAGCCCGCAAGGAAAGGAAAGUUUUGGAGAAAAAAAUGGCUCUCAACAGGAAGAGAAAACUAGAUUCAAGGAAAGGGGGAGAAGUUUCAAGUAAGAAGAAAGGAAAUACAGGAGACAUAACCAAGAAAGCAGAAGUGAAAUCUUCCAGCUCAAAGACUCCACAACCUAAACUGAUGAGAAAUCUUUCAGAAUCAGCAUCUUCUGAUGAAAAGCACAGAAGGAUGAGUGGCAGCAUCUCAGAAGAUUCCAGUGACACCAAAAAGCUGUCGGACAAAAGCAGGACACACUCCUUCAUCUUGGAUCUGGAACAAGGCUCCCAAGAGGCUCUUAAACAACGUUCUUUUGGGAAAUUUGACCGUCUUUCCCGCAAAGAACUUCAUUCUAAAGAACGCAAAGACAAGGAACGCAGCCUUUCUGAUGAACGCAGCAAGCUCAAACAGAAGCAGGAGAAAAAAUCUGAACAUCAGUUAGAUGAAUCACAGAUGAAGGAAGGAACUGCUGUUAAAGUAUCUUCUGAGGAGAAAGGCGAGAAGAAGCCCAAGAUUAAAAGUGAGAAGAAAAUGGCUGCAAGUACAAGAGAGGGAAAGAUGGCUGAAGGAGUUCUUGAUGAGGGAGGCUUUAAAGAUUCCAAGAAGACGAAGGGGGUGUCUGGAGAAACUGUCAAAGCAGAGAAGGAAAAGGACAAAAUUAGGGAAAAAGAUAAGAUCAAAGAAAAGGAAAAGGCCAAAGCAGAGAAAUCUUCAUUCAAAAGCGAUUUCAAGCAGAUUCUUCGUCCAGAUUCAGCCGGCUCCUCUGAGGAUCGCUCAGACAUGGAGCCUGGCUCAGAUAGCUCCAAAAAGAGAGAGAAACACUCCAAGGAAGUGUUGAAAAGGUCAAAGAGUCACACUGAGGACAGGUCUGGAGACAAACCCAGAUCAAAAAUAGACAGUGAGAAGGACAAGACUAAAGCAGAUCAAGACAGCCAGAAGUUACAAAAGUCAAGUUCUGAAACGGACAAAGACCCAAAAAGGGUUAAGACCACAGAAAAAGGAAAAAUCACAGAAAAACCAAAAGUAAAAUCCAAAGAGGAAGCAAAGGUUCCAUUGUCAUUAAAGACUGUUAAGAAAGUUCAAAGUUUGGAUGUCAAAAGUGCUGGAGGUACAGGUAUCAUCAAACCUGAAGCGACAAAGGAGAAGAAAAAAGAUGGAAAUGCAAAAGAGCAGCGGAGAGUAACUGGAGAACCUCCACAUGAAAAAUCUGAUCUGAAAAGUUCAAAGAAGAAACUGGAGAAGAAAGAUAAAGUUCCAGAAAAGAAGGAUGAUAGUCAAGAAGAGAAGACAAUAAAAGAAGAAAAACUGGAAAAGCCCGAUAAAUUCUCAAAGGCUUCAUCUGUUUCUUUGAGUCUUGAGACAGACGAGUCGCUAAAGAAACAACCACUUCUCCAAGAAACAAGCACAGACUCUGACCCGGUCACCACCACAGUCACCACUUCGUUCUCAGACGACACAUGCGACGCUUUAAGUGACAUCACCCCUGAGCCACCUGAAUGUGAGACAGAGUCGCGGCUCAGCGAGAUCCCAGCUGUACCGGCUGAGAACGACGCCCUGCUGACACUUAUGGAUGUGUGUACUUCAGCAGAGGCCAGACUUCCGCCAGAGUGCCUUAGAGAGGAAGCAACACCCAAGACCGAGCUUCAGGAUGCUGAUAUGAAGAUGAAAGAGGCAGCUCUGACACUGCUGUCCAUGGAUCCUGACAGCACCAUGUCCUCCAGCUUAAUCUGUCAAGACACGAGGGAUGAAGCACCGCUGUAUCCUCCUGACACAAAACAGGUGGAAGCUAGUACAGCUGAAGAGGUUGUGCUCCUUCCUCUGCAGGUGCAGCCGACUCAUGAAAGUGAGCUUUCAGCCUCCGAGACAUGUCAGCAAACUGUUGAGCUUAUUGAUGUAAAACCAGACACUGCAGAUGAGUCGGGGAGAAAAAUGGACACAGCUGAGACUGAAAUGACAGAGAUGGCUGCUCCACUGAUAAAGGAGGAUGAUGCGGCAUUAAAUACCUGUCAGAUUUCUCCAAAAGAGGAAGAAACCAAGAGUGUUGAAACUCCUCCUGAGACACUAUUACGUGAAAAAAUGGCAGCACCAGUAGACCAAGCAGUGGCUGGUGCUGUUAAGUCAGAUCUGGAAGAGGCCAGAGAAGGCACAGAAGUGAACACAGCAAGUUUUUCUGACACCAUUGAACAAGUUUCAGAAAUCCCCAAGCAAACGGAGCCAGAUUUUGAAGUUAGAAACCUCGGGGCACUGGAAGCAGAAGACGACGAGAACCAGAUAAAGAUGGUUGUUGAUAAGGUAGGUGAAGCUGAGAAUAAAAAUGAAGGAGAAAAUGUUCCAGCAGAGAAAGGUGAUCUGCAGACAAUGGAAACCAACAUUCCUAAUAUCAGUGAAGAAGGUGAAGCUGAAUCUACGCGCAAGCUAGUCAAACAAAUCAGUAACAUCUCCAGCACAGACAGCCAGGACGAUGAAAAAAGCUCAGACCUGUCAGCAAAGGAGGUGAAAAACGAUGGAAGGGGAAGACGCAAACGAAAACUGUCUUGCCAAAAAGGUGAUAAAAAGGAUGAAAUGGAAGGUAAAGAGCAGCUAUCAGCUGAGGACAUUGAGAAGGAACAGGUUUUAGAAGUAAAAACAACUCGCAGGGGAAGACCACCCAGAACCACAGAAGAAGCAGAGAAAGACCAACCAAAAGAAGCAGAGAAGUCAGAAGAACCUCCGAGUCGCAGGGGAAGACGUUCAGGAGCCGCAGCUAAAGAAACAGCAGCUGAUAAUCAGAAGGAAGACGAGAACAGAGCUGAGGACAUUGCUGAUGAAACCUCAUCACUGAAAGCAGCAGAGAAAGAGGAAAAAGGUGAGAAUGAAAGUAAACCAGAACAAAUUGUCCAAAGUGGAGUUGAGGACAAUCUGCCAUCUUCUGCUCCAGAGGACAAUGAAGGUGCAGUAAGCUCAGACUUCCAAGACAUGACAGACACAUGUAAACCAGCAAUGAAGAGAAACAGAUCAGAAGAAAUGGAGGAAUCCAGCGAGGAGGAAACCCAGGCUCAAGAGGAGAUGAAGGACAACAGAGGACAAGAACAAAGCACAGAACAAUAUGAAAAAGACAGUGUCUGUUCUCCUUCUGCAAGCCAGUCAGAGGAUGUUAAAGAGGAAAUCUGCAGUGAGAACAAGCCAGAUGAUGCUGAGGAGGAGAAACAAGAAGAGCAACAAGAGGACCAGGAGGCCACUUUGAAGAAGCCUGCUCGGAGGGGACGGCCCCCAAAGGCUGCAGCUAUGGAGGAUUCAGGUAAAAAGGACAAGAAAGCUGAUGAGAAGGACAGCGAGCAAAAUUAUGAGGAGGACGAAGAGGAAGGCGAGAAAGAAGGGGACGACAAAGAGUCUGCAACCAGAGCUACGACCCGGUCGGCAUCUCGCCUGGAGGCUGAAAAAAACAAGCCAAGCAAACCAUCCACCCGGGCGAGUCGACAGAACGGUAAAGAGGAGACCACAGCUGGCACACGGGGGACGAGGGGCCAGGCUCCGUCCAAGGGGGGCCGUAAACGGGAGGCCAGCCCUCCUGCUGUGCGAACGCGGGGAGGACAGAAAUCAGAGGAGCCCCCUUCAAAGAGAGCCAAACGCUAAGACCUUUGAUAGCAGUGGAACAGUCUUCCCCCGCAGUGUUGUUUUUACACUUCAUGUUCAAAGACCUCUGCAGUCAGUUUGCAUGUAAAGUGGUUUGUGCUUCAUUGACUGUUGAUACUGAAAAGCUCUGGGUAAUAUUAUACACUUUCUGAUGGUUGUGUGUAAACCUGAGGAUCUGUGUUAGAAUCCCCCAAAGUACCUUCUGCUGCUCUGCGUCCAUAUGGUUUGGAUCAGACUCCAUCAUUUGCUGCUUUAUUCAGUAAUGCCCUGUGAAUCAGACCAUUUCAGGCCAAUCACAAGCCUAAUGUGCAGCAGAGCCGCACUUGGAGAUAAAGAGGAUAAAUUGAAAUUGGCCGUCAGUCAUCAGAGGCCAGAGUGUGUCUCAGACUCCUCUGUUCCUCAUUCACACAAUUUUAAGAAUCAUCUAAUCUUCAUUGUGCAUUUAUUCAUUCUGUGAAUGAAAGGGGACAUUUUUUUCUGUCAUGUUAUUUGCUUUUACACUUAAUGCAAAAAGGGUUUCUUUUUGUAUAUUUCCACUGAAAUAACAGCAGUAUUAAAUAAACUCAGUAAAGUCAGCAUCACUCUGAAACACCAGCUACUGCAAACAGAGUGUAGUUUUUUUUACUUAAACAGACCCUAACACUAACUUUAGUGUUAUAAAGUUGUCAGUAUAAAAACAUUUGUUUCAUUAAUGUAAAAAAUACUGACUAAUGCUUCAUCUUAGGUUCUUAGUUGUAAUGAUUCUGUUUGCAUUCAACUUAUGAUUUUAAAGAAACUGUUUUAUUUGUUGUUUUAAUACAAAAUACCCUAAGGGA